AGGACACUUCAGUGUGGGUUGCUUGUUUUCUUUGGUCAGACGCUGAAUUUGGCCGAGAAUUAUUUGAGAAUAGACACAGUUUAGAGAGACUGAGUUUUAACUCUUCUGGAUCUGUUUUCUUGGACCUCCAAAUCUCAGCUGACAAGACCAACAGAAGCAGGUAUAAAGACCUGAGGGAAGUCUUUCCUGUCAAGAUGGAAAAUAGUACCACUACCAUUUCUCGGGAGGAGCUGGAGGAACUACAAGAAGCAUUUAAUAAAAUAGAUAUUGACAACAGUGGGUAUGUCAGUGACUAUGAACUUCAGGACCUGUUUAAGGAAGCAAGCCUUCCUCUGCCUGGCUACAAAGUCCGAGAGAUCGUGGAGAAAAUUUUAGCAGUUGCUGACAACAACAAAGAUGGCAAAAUCAGUUUUGAAGAAUUUGUGUCCCUAAUGCAAGAGUUAAAAAGCAAAGACAUCAGCAAAACAUUCCGAAAAAUAAUUAACAAGAGGGAAGGGAUUACUGCUAUUGGAGGAACUUCGUCCAUUUCCAGUGAGGGCACACAGCAUUCCUAUUCAGAGGAAGAAAAAGUGGCAUUUGUUAACUGGAUAAACAAGGCCCUGGAGGAUGACCCUGAUUGUAAGCAUCUCCUACCCAUGAAUCCCAGUGAUGGCAGUCUUUUCAAAUCACUUGCAGAUGGCAUCCUUCUUUGCAAAAUGAUCAACUUAUCUGAACCAGAUACAAUUGAUGAAAGAGCCAUUAAUAAGAAAAAGCUCACCCCUUUCACUGUUUCUGAAAAUUUAAACCUAGCCCUGAAUUCUGCCUCAGCCAUUGGAUGUACAGUGGUCAAUAUUGGUGCACAGGAUCUCAAAGAAGGAAAACCUCACUUGGUCUUGGGACUUCUCUGGCAGAUCAUCAAAGUUGGUCUUUUUGCUGAUAUUGAGAUUUCCAGGAAUGAAGCUCUGAUUGCAUUGCUGAAUGAAGGUGAGGAACUAGAAGAGCUGAUGAAGCUUUCUCCAGAGGAGUUAUUGCUGCGAUGGGUGAACUACCAUUUGACCAAUGCAGGAUGGCAUACCAUCAACAACUUCAGCCAAGACAUUAAGGAUUCAAGAGCCUAUUUUCAUCUGCUUAAUCAGAUUGCACCUAAAGGUGACAGGGAUGAUGGACCUGCCAUUGCCAUUGAUCUUUCUGGAUUUAAUGAGAAAAAUGACCUGAAGCGUGCUGGAUUCAUGCUUCAAGAAGCAGAUAAACUGGGCUGCAGACAGUUUGUUACUCCUGCAGAUGUGGUUUCAGGCAAUCCUAAACUUAAUUUAGCUUUUGUAGCUAAUCUGUUUAACACAUACCCAUGCCUACACAAGCCUGAUAAUAAUGACAUCGAUAUGAAUUUAUUGGAAGAUUUGACCCCUCCUAAUGUAGGAGAGAGCAAGGAAGAAAGAACAUUUCGAAACUGGAUGAAUUCCUUGGGGGUCAACCCUUACAUUAAUCAUUUGUACAGUGAUCUUGCAGAUGCUCUAGUGAUCUUCCAGCUCUAUGAAAUGAUCCGUGUGCCAGUCAACUGGAGCCGUGUCAACAAGCCUCCGUACCCUGCCCUUGGAGGGAACAUGAAGAAGAUUGAAAACUGUAACUAUGCAGUGGAACUUGGGAAGAAUAAGGCCAAAUUCUCCUUGGUUGGCAUUGCUGGGCAGGACCUAAAUGAAGGAAAUUCAACACUGACACUGGCAUUGGUAUGGCAGCUAAUGAGAAGGUACACAUUGAAUGUGUUAUCAGAUCUUGGAGAAGGUGAAAAAGUCAGUGAUGAGAUUAUAAUUAAAUGGGUCAAUCAGACUCUUAAAAGUGCAAACAAAAAUACUUCUAUUUCCAGCUUCAAGGACAAAUCUAUUAGCACUAGCUUACCUGUCCUAGAUUUAAUAGAUGCUAUUGCACCAAAUGCAGUUCGUCAAGAAAUGGUAAAGAGAGAAGACUUUUCUGAUGAAGACAAGCUGAACAAUGCUAAAUACGCCAUUUCAGUUGCUCGAAAGAUUGGUGCCAGGAUAUAUGCCUUACCUGACGACCUCGUAGAAGUGAAACCAAAGAUGGUCAUGACGGUGUUUGCAUGCUUAAUGGGAAAAGGACUGAACAGAAUAAAAUAAACAUUUAAUAUGAUUUUCUGCCACAUUAACACAUUGAAUGCCUCACAGUUUACAGAAUUCUGAAAUGUAGUAGGUAUAAAAGCAAAGAUUACUUGUAUGCUCAAAACAAUUGUAAAAUUCAUUAAUGAAUUCAAUAUCCUAUUCAUGCUAGUUAGAGUUUGUCGACCUUUUUGGAUAACACAAUUAAUUUACUAGUAUUUACUGAUAAUAGAAUAUGUUCAUCAUCAAGCCGAUAUUUUGCGAUUAAAUUAUUUUCAUUUCCAGAAAGUCUCAUUAAAACAAGACUAAUUUAUUCUUUUUCAUGGUUCAGAAAGAUCAAUACAAAAUUUUUUUGCAAGUCCUGUGAAAUGUAUUUUGAUUUGUGUUAAUUUUGAUCAUAAAUACAUUAAAAGUCAUAAUUCUGUUUCA